AUGAAUGAACAACCUAUGCCAAUCAACGAUGAAGAAACACUUUUCGAUGGAAAUAUUCCAAGUACUGCAAAUGGACUCCAAGACGAAAAAGAAAUACAAGCUAUUGAAAAUGGCUUAAAACGUAAAGUAAUUCGUCAACCGAGACCUAAAUUAGACAGCGAUCGCCUGACUUCUGAAAGAGGAUUACGAGCCUUACAUCAACAAUUUAACAAGUUACACUUUAAAAAGAAGAAAGAUUAUCAUAAUAAUUUAAUAACUAUACUAAGAAUCUACGAACAUUGGGCGCAUCGUUUAUACCCAAAGUUACCCUUCGUUGAUGUAGUUCACAAGGUUGAAAAUCUUGGUAGUAAGAAGGCUGUCCAGUACGCCCUUUCCCUGAUACGCUUAGGUCAAAACGACCAUUACUUUCAGCAAGAUAUUGACGACAAUGAUAAUGGCGAUUUCAAUAACGAUGUACAAGAAUAUCAACAGGAUACGAGCACCCGUAAAUUAUCCGAAACGAAUGACUUAGAAUUAACACUUAGCGAUGAUACCAACAACAAAGAAAAUGAAUACUCCAAUAAAAGCUAA